GACGUCCCCUGACGUCAGUUUACCUCCCACCACCCUUAAAACGAAACGAGGGUGGAGGGAGUUAAACCACCCACCCUAUACCCGCCGCGUUCAGCUCAGUCGCGCCGCAGACACCGAUCCGCGCGCACGUCCGAACUUCAUGCAUAUCCUUACACAUCACUGAAUAUGACAGCAUUUCCUUAUCAUGUGAUAAAAACUUUACCUCUUCUCUGUAUUCAUGUAAUUUUAAUCUAAAAACCUUUGGAAUUACUUUUUCAUCCAAAUUCCUGUUACAAAAGUGAUCGAGAUUCGCCAUAGUCGUUGAUUGCGGUUUUCCUUUAAUACUUUCGCUAGCGGUAAAACUUUCUGGUUCAAACAUGUGGCAAUUCGAGGAUUCCGAGAUUUGCUCCAUAGGGAUGAUACAUCCGUCUCACAGUCGCCACUCCGGGCUAUCGCUUUUGUCAGGAAUGUCAACUUUCUCAGGUAUAUCCACGCUGUCCGGUUGCGGGUCGCCGGAAAACAUGGAGCGGCUGCCGGAGCUGCCGGCGGCGGAGGAGCGGCGGCUGCGGCGCGCGGCGCACGUGCUGCAGCAGCGCCUGGUGCUGCGCCAGUGGCUGGCCACGCACAAGCUGCAGCACGCGUACUCCAAAUUACUUAGUCUGGAUGUCUCCUCCCUAGAAGAUGUGUACUGGCUGGAGGACUCGACGGCGCGCCACGUCAUCGACCCCAAGGACUUCAACGCGUGGUCGGCGGCGCGCCAGAGCCUGCCCACGGGCAAGGAGGCGCUGCAGACCCUCAAGUCUGAUUUGUGGAGCGCUGUCGUUAAGAGCAGCAAGCAUCAGGAUGCUUGGACUUGGGGCGGCAUGCUGGUGGUGUCGAUCUCGGUGUGCGGGCUGGUGACGCUGGCCGCCAUGACGCAGCCGUCGCUGGCGCCCGAGGCCAAGCACUCGCUGCUGCAGUACGUCACGGGGAAAUACCUGCACCCGCCGAGCUGUAAGGUAGAAUGGGGCUGGGAGGAGCCACAACCAGUGGGCGAGACGAUGUGCUUCACGGUGCACUGCUUCCAGCGCAAUGGUCAGCCCUACCCUAUCUGUGAUACUGAUGAGCUAGUCGUUCAUAUCUCGCACGGGACGAGGAAGAUAACGGCAGUAGUGGAGCUGGGGUCGGGCGACCCCGCCAAGGCGAACACGGCGCGCGUCAAGUUCACUGUCCGAACCGCGGGGGUUUAUAUUAUCAAUAUUUUGAUCGGAGGGCAGGCGGGCGCAGGAGGUCCGUUCCGCAAGUGGUUCGCGGCGGGGCGCGUGGAGGCGCGGCGCUCGCGCGUGGGGCGCGCGCUGGCGGCGCUCGUGUGCACGGCUCAGCACGCGCGCCGCCUGCACGUGCACCCCAGGGACAGGUUCGACAACCCGGCGCCGCUCGCACAUCCCGCCAACGAGGGUUUCACAAUAGAGAUCAGUCCAAUCGGGGAGUCCGUGGACCCUGCCCUGUCGUCGGCGGCGAGUUUCGAGUACGACGCCGUGAACCAGCGCGUCAGUGUGGCGCUAUGCUUCCCCAAAGCGGGCGUUUACCGCGCCGCUAUAUACUACGACCAGGUCCUGCUUCAUAAUGGGGAGUUUGACUGCAUCGUUCUAACGGCCAGCGACACGGCUACGGUACAGAGACAGCUGAGCGCGCGCCGCGGCGCCGCGUUCGAGGCGCGGCUGGUGGCGCCGCGCGCGCGCCGCGUGCUGUGCUGCUUGAGCGCCAAGCAGCUGCUGCUGAAAGACUACAUACUGCGGUUCAUACCCAAGCGGAUCACCUCCUUCCGACUCUGCCCUUCCACCAAAUUAAUCCUCAGCCCUAGGCCGGAGGGCACGGGGCCGGCGGGCGAGCUGACCCUGGACGACGGCGUGCAGCCCCCUGUGCAGCUGUGGAGUGCGGAGAGAGACUUGUUGGCGGCCACCUUCACACAGCUGCUCAUCGCCAACUGCGGCGGGGAAGAUAGUUUUAAGAACAAACAAGACUUCUUCUACAGUGAGGUUAGAAAGGCCCACUGGCGUCACCCGCACGAGAAGCUGGCGCUGCGAGUGGCGCGCGCGGAGCUGGUGCGCUCCAGCCUCAAGGCCACCAAGCACUUUGCCAUCGCGGACUGGUGCAAGAACUUCGACGUUUGCUUCCAGGGCGAGCAAGGGGUGGACUGGGGCGGGGUGCGGCGCGAGUGGUUCUCGCUGCUGUGCGCGCAGCUCUUCGACGCUAAGGGCGGGCUGUUCGUGUCGUGCCACGACUCGCCCGCCGGCCUCGUGCAUCCCAACCCCGACCGCCCGCCACAUCUCAAGUUAAAACAUUUUGAGUUCGCGGGCAAGGUAGUGGGCAAGUGCCUGUAUGAGAGCGCUCUGGGCGGCGCCUACAGACAGCUGGUGCGGGCCAGGCUCGCGAGAUCCUUCCUCGCGCAGAUCAUCGGCCUCAGAGUACACUAUAAGUAUUUCGAACAAGACGACCCCGAGCUGUACCUGUCCAAGAUCAAAUACAUUCUGGAAACGGACCUGGACUCCUCCGACUCUCUGCCAGAGAUCUACUUCGCGGACGACGUGUACGACUCCUCAGGGAAACUUGUCGAGACCAAGGAUCUGGUUCCCAACGGCUCUACGAUACGGGUCCGCAACGACAGCAAGCUGAAGUACCUGGACGCGUUGGCGCAGUGGCGGCUGGCGGCGCGGUGGCGCGCGGAGACGGACGCGUUCCUGCGCGGCCUGACGCUGCUCGUGCCCGACAACUUGCUGGCCAUAUUUGACGAGAACGAGCUAGAGUUGCUGAUGUGCGGCACGGAAGAGGUGUGCGUGUCGGACUGGCGCGCGCACGCCCUGGUGUCGGGGUCGGGGCGCGAUUGGGAGCGACGGCUGGGUUGGCUGUGGGCGGCCAUCGCCAACCUCAGUGCUGAGGAGCGAGCGAGGCUGCUGCAGUUCACCACGGGAUGCUCGCAACUGCCGCCUGGCGGGUUCGCGGAGCUGAACCCGCGCUUCCAGAUCACGGCGGCGCCCACGUUCGGCGCGCUGCCCACCGCGCACACCUGCUUCAACCAGCUCUGUCUGCCCGACUACGACUCCUACGAGCACCUCGUGCGGGCGCUGCUCUGGGCCAUCAACGAGGGAGGCGAGGGCUUCGGCAUGAUAUAGAACCGUACACUGACAGUGUCAUAUAAACAAACUCAGACGCUCAGUUAACUGACAGGGAACACUGUAAGGCUGUGGUUAAACGACGCAAAAAAACUUUUGCGGCCGCCGCGUGGUCUUUAAUGUCGAGUAUAAACUCUAUUUACUAGGCAAC